AUGUAUCAUGCAAUACAGAAAAAACACUUCACAUUUGAUACAUGUUGGGAUAUUUUGCGCCGAAGUUGUAAGUGGGAUGAAUUUCGAACACAAUCCAAAAAGAGUACGCAACAUGCUUAUCCAUGUUCUAAUCCACCAACUGGAGAAUCUGAUGCAUUUCAAUCCAACCAGAAUAAUGUUCUGCACGAAGAACCAUCUAAUCCAUCAACACGACCAAUUGGUACUAAAGCAGCGAAAGAGAAGUUGAAGAAUCAAACAACCCACGAUAGUAGAUUUGAUGAAAUGGCUGCCAACCAAUCCAAAAUGGUUGAAGUGUUAUCAACUAUUUCUGCUAGAACUAUUGAGCGAGAUGAACAAAAGGCGAUCGACCGUAACCAGAAAGCUGCAGACCGUCGAAGAAGGGCCGAAGAUAGGGAGGAACAACUAAAACUCCUAUCUAUGAUGAAUGAAAGAGAACAACGAAAUGAAAAUCAUAAAAUAAUGUCAAUGGAAAUGACAAAUUUAAAUCCAAUGCAAAGGGCGUACUACGAAGAUCUUCAACGACAGAUUUUAUUUCGAACAACUAAUAGAUUGCCUUGA